CAAAAUACCCAGUAUUAUACCACCGGUUCCACUGCCACUGAAGACCAUUGCGUAGCCAUUUCUGGCCUUCUGGUGGGGGCAGGAUAAGAAGGAAGGGUGUUCCCGGUCAAGAUCUCCAACUAGUGGAAUAUGGUUGUCGAGAAGGCGUUGGGAAUAUAGGAACUAUAUAUUUGUUUCAAGUUGGGAGUAUACAGAUAUAUACCAUCUUCAUUAUUCUACACCAAGGAGCCAUCAUAAUACUCACUUCUCACUAACAGUAAACAUUCCUAUGCAAUGAUGAAUCUUUUUCGGCCACGACUGGAGAUCGUCGUCGUUCUCGUGACGACGUUUUUGUUGUCUACGAUGGUGACUGAUGCUAAUUCGUUUGAGUUCAUUAUCGAGCCAAGUCAUACCUCUGCAGUUCAGGGUACGACGGUGACGCUGUAUUGUUCUGUUAACCAAGAUACCCGUACCUUCAUGUGGGUGAGAGAUACAUCUAUCAUCAGUCAUACCAUACAGAUCCAAGGAAAUGCUGAUCCAGACAGGUAUUCCGUCUCAUAUAGUAGUAAGUCCUACAACCUCAUCAUUGAAAACCUCAAACCAGAGGAUGCGGGGACCUAUCAGUGUGUGGCCUUUUCCAGUGGAGGCGGCAUAACAUCUGAUGGAGCCAAUCUUGAUGUGAUUAGCCCACCCAGCCAGGAAUACCCUUUGAUCAGCUCCUCGGUGACGGGGACGAUCGUCGUCGGCGAGACCAUCGAGAUCGUGUGCGAAAUUGAAGGAGGGAAUCCCGUCCCAGAGAUCGAGCUCGUUAGAGGUAAUGAAGUUAUCGUGGUCGCAUCUGGACGUCUGGUCUAUGUGUGGGUGACCGAAGAGGUCGAUGAUGGCGCGGUGUUCGAGUGUCGCGCCCGGCAUUCUCUAUGGACAGAGCCAAGGUCGUCUUACAGCUCUCCGUUCCAGAUUUUGACGGAAUCACCGAACAUCGUUCUGGCCCCGUCGACGGCAGAAGUCACUCUUGGAUCAACGGUAUCGUUUGUCUGUGCGGCAGCACCGGCUACAAGGGCAGUCUAUCGUUGGUUCCUGAACAACGAAGAAUUGGGAAGCAACGUUGGCCGUUCAGUGGUGAUUGAGAGUACGGAGACUGCGAGUGUACUUCGCUUGGUAGGUUCAAGGGAAGUCAAUGGUCUGGUAAGGUGUCAGGUCGAAGCCGCUAAUGGACAAGCCUCUGCAGAAGCUGCCCUGACCCUGAUUAUCACUGAGGUAUCGACCCAAGCACCCCCGACACCCGCUGCUUCAACCGAAAGGGACACUCAGGCACCGACCCUGCCUACCGAGGCAACAACACACCCUCCGAGGGCCACAGAUACCCCAAGUGGCCCAACGAUCGUUCCUGAAGAGACGGAUACCCCAAGUGGCCCAACCAUUGUUCCUGAAGAGACGGAUACCCCAAGUGGCCCAACCAUUGUUCCUGAACAACCAGCAUCAUCAACCGAAGGCAUCACUUCCCUGACAACUGAAGAUCUAACAUCAGAUAGUGCAGAACCUCCAAUCCGUGGUGCAUCUUCUUUCGACACCAUCUUCGUAGCUUCCGUCAGCGCCAUUGCCGCACUUAUCGGCGUCAUUUUCAUCGCCGCCAUCGGUGCUGUCUGCUACGUCACCGCGAAGCGUCGACGCAAGCGCCGCGCCGAUAUGUAUUCUGGUGCCAAUAACGACGGUGACGUCUUUUUCCGCAGUCGCUACAUCAGCAUUGUUCGUUCUUGGUUUUCACCUGUUCACCAAGACACCCAAAAGACCCUUACCUCUUUCGAGGGUCCUACCCCUGAUCAAUCCCCGUAUAAUACCGUUGCUUCAAGGCGAUAGCCUUGGUGUCAUAAUUUCAUAACUUACACAGAAGCAAAAUAGUACAAUGUGAUACUGUCUACCUCUUCAUUUAGUGUUUUAUUUCGAAACAUAAACAACUACUAAUUUGCGCCAUUACACUCUAUAAAACGAAGAGCUACGAAGAGCUAAUUUAGCUUUUAAAGAGCGUGUACAGUGAAUGCACUUCGGAGUGCUGAUUUUUUCUCGUUCAAAUUUGAACUAGACAAAUCAGCACUCCGAAAUGCAUUCACUAUUCACGCUUUUUAAGAGCUAAAUUAGCUCUUCGUAGCUCUUCGUAUUUUUUUUACAGUGUAUAACAUAUUUCGAUAUCAUUGUUGAUUUGCACGACGUUGUGGCGAUAUGUCAAAAGGUUACUCCAUGGUAAAAAAAAAGUGAUUUAAACUGACAAAAAAAUCAAACAAAUACUAUACUGAAAAUUUUAGCUAAUCAGACAAGGGUAACGAAUUUAUUAUAUUUUAUCGAUUUGCAUUAUUUCGGUAAAGCAGUUCUUAGCAUGUCUUCAUGAAUUUUCAUUGAGCAACUUGAUGAUAUCAUAUCCCCAUUUUAAAGUUGUCAGAUUUUUGUGAAAUUUUCAGUUUUGUGUUUCAGUGAUUCGUACUCUAUUUAUUUUGAUAUAAUCCGUUUCAACCCGGAGUAUCCUUAACAUGAUUAAAAUGAGUCUCCGUUAUUAUCUACGUCGAUAUUCAUCGUAUGUGGUUCUUAUAAGAAAAGAACCUAAAUUAACAUUUUUAUAUACAUAUAACUCUAUUACACUCGGUAAUUCACUUCAGAGUGUGUGGUAUACAAUUCAAUUUUUAAUGUAAUCAUUUUUUUUACUAACACUCUAAAUUCCUACGCCAUUUUUCUCUACUCAUUUAUUUUAUUCUGAUACAGUGUAUUGUGCCAGUAGACAAAACGUGAGUGAAUAAAACUAGUUGGUAUUUUGGGGGUUCUAGUCAGAGCUAAAAAUAAUGUUUACAUGGAUGUCUCUCGAUUUCAGUGUCGAAAGAGCUAUGCUUAGAGGACAAUACGAUGUAUUUCUAGAGUAGGCAUAUAAAGACUUAUUAACUUUUCUUUAUUAUAUUAAUUCUUUUAGUGACUUCGAAUGCAACUCCCGUUGUUUUAUCAGUAUCGUGUCCAAAUUGGCUAUUUUUAGGAUCCUAUGUCAAAAUGGAUGAUUUGGUUUUUAAUGUAAUGAUAGACAGAGAGUUGGGAGAUGUCUUAUGCCACAUUGUUUUAUCUUGUUUUACCCGUAAGUUAUAUAAUGUUAUUUAUCUAUAAAAACGUUUGCCUUGAAAUCAUUUCAUUCUGGUCUAGAGCCCUCUGUAGGUAAAAGGAAGAAGACUACGGGAUGAAUUACUAGUACACGAACUGUAGGAAAACAAACACACAAGCUGAAACAUAGGAUUAAGUUGUCAAACAUACAGCGAUGAUGUGUGUAGAAAUGCUCAAAAAGUGUUUCGAAUAACAGAUAUUGUACCCAGGCUCCAUUAAAAAAAUAAUAACAAGAACAACAAAAAACAGAAUUCUUCUUCCAAAAUCAAUGAUUUAACUGUCGGAUGCAUUCAUUGGCGACCACCCCCGGGUAGGCCCAUUUUGGAAGGGGCAUGACGUGCUUAAUAUGACGUAACAUAUAUUUUGUCAAUUGAAUAAAAGGGUGUGUAAUUUAGCAAAGGCCUCUCUUUCUUGUAUUAUUUUUUUCCCCGUUUCCUUCUUUCUCCACUUUUUUCACUUCUUGAAAAUCAAGAGGGAGGCGCCCCAGCCCUUUACACCACACACAUUGUAAUAUUGUUCGAGGUGAGACAUUGAACAUCUGUAUAGCCGGUUGUAUCAUUGUUCUCAAACGUUAUUCAGCGCGGAGUUUCUUGACGCAAAUCAUGUUAUGUAAACUGUUUCACUUUUAUCAUAUAAAUUUUGAUGCAAAUUUUCGUGAUACACUUUGAAAGUUUUUUAAAUUGACUUGUCUUUUAUAGCAGCGAUGCAGUUAUCGAUACGACACGACAUAUAUGUAAUGUUAUGUAUAUUUCAUGGAAUACUUUGUAUACCAAAUAAAUAAAUGUCCGUUUUAAGAAGAUGAUGUGUUUUAAGUUUCAUUUAUCAUGUUAUAUAAAAGUGGAAAAAUAAUUGCAAUGGCAACAUUAAAGAUAUAAAUCCAUGUAGUCGAAAUUUGGUGUGCUGCAGAGAUUCUGCACUUCUAAGAGUUUAC